CUCAAAAUCCUCCAGUCUCUCAGCUUCAGUCCCCGUGUCAUCCCCUUCCAACCAUACCACCCACCUCUCUCUUUCUCUCUCUAAAAUUAGCCUUUUCUCUCUCCACACACACCUCUCUCUCUCUCUCUCUCUCUGCAUUUCUCGCUCUCUCGCUAAAGUGGAAAAGAAGCCCUGUCUUAGGCUCCGAGCCUUGUCUGAGCAAUGGACCAGUUCGCCGUCGAAGACCUCCUCGAUUUCCCCAACGACGACGCUUUGAUCACCGACGAAUUCUUCGACUCCGUCACCGGCAACUCCACCGACUCCUCCACAGUCACCGGCGUCGACAGCUACAACUCCGCCGCCUCCGCUCGCGAACAGCCUCAUUUCUCCGGCAACAUCGCCAGCCGGCCCUUCGCCGACGCUCAAUUCCCCAGCGACGAACUCUGCGUGCCGUGUGAUGACUUGGCUGAGCUUGAAUGGUUGUCAAACUUCGUGGAGGAAUCGUUUUCAAGCGAAGACUUGCAGAAGCUCCAGCUUCUCUCCGGACUCAAAGCUCCGGCCCACUCAUCCUCCUCCGAAAUUCAUCCUAUCGACCCCGAGAACCGAACCCGAGUCACCGCGCCCAUGCUCCGGCCCGACGUGUCCGUCCCCGGCAAGGCACGGAGCAAGCGGUCACGCGCCGCCCCAUGCGACUGGUCUUCGCGCCUCCUGGUGCUCUCCCCGGCGAUGUCCUCCUCUGAGUUAGAGCCGGCGAAGAAACCCGGCAAAAUGAAGAAGAGAGAGAGCUCGGAGAACUCCGAGGGGCGGAAAUGCUUGCAUUGCGCGACGGAGAAGACCCCGCAGUGGCGGACGGGGCCCAUGGGUCCUAAAACGCUGUGCAACGCUUGUGGGGUUCGGUUCAAGUCGGGUCGGUUGGUACCCGAAUACCGACCCGCCGCGAGCCCGACCUUCGUUUCCACAAAGCAUUCGAAUUCGCACCGGAAGGUUAUGGAGCUCCGAAGGCAGAAGGAGUUCCAAAGAGCCCCGCAGCAGCCAUUCGUUUGUCAGAAUACCAUUUUCGGGGUAUCGGACGUUGGAGAUUACUUGAUAGUUGACCCGUCUUCAUACGGGUCCGGCUUUUAGGGGUCUGAUCUAGUGGGUGUCGGUAUAGGACCCGGGUCGGAGUUUUUCAUUUAGCACAUUUUUGUAGUUUUUUUUUAAAAAAAGUCAAAAAUUUGCAAUUUUAGUUUUUUUUUUUUAAAUUGAAAAAUAGGGGAAAAAUUAGGGGGAGAAGGGGGAAUCGUUAAGUGUUAAGACUUAAGAGUACUCAAUAGUGUUCUCUAAUAUUCUCAUUUUUUAACUGCUGUAUUUGGAAAUUUUAGAAUUAAUCAAUUUCCAUUGGUGGAAA